AUGUCCGCCUCUCCCUCUCCUACCUCCUCCUUCUCGGAGCGUGCGGAGUCGUUCGUCGACGCCGUGCUGGCCGCGGCCGACGACGACUCCGCCGCUACCGCCGCUCCUGCCCGCGCCGCUGCCACCGCUCCCACCGCCGCCGCCGCCGCCUCUACUGCGCUGUUCGCUCUUACGUCGCCCCUUAGGGUAACGACGCCGUCCCCGCCGCCACCCGUGACGCCCGGCCCCUCGGCCCCCGCCUCCGUCUCCGCCACCCCCGCGCGGGGGGCUGCUAAGAAGCGCCUUACCGCCGCCGCCGCCGCCUACCGCAACCUCCGCGCCCUCGAGCGAUGGGGCCUUAUGCCUAAGGAUACUGCCUCCGUCGCCCUGUCGGCGGUCCCCUUAGCCGUGCCCGCCUCCGCCACCGCCGCUGCCCCUGCCGCCGCCGCUGGCCGCCGCCCCUCUGCCCCCGGAGCCGCCGCCGCCGCCGACUGGCUUGCGGGCUUAGAGGGCCGCCUUAGCGCCCUAGAGACCGCCGCCGCCGCUAAUAAGAAGGAGGAGGCCGACGAGGACGACGAUAACGAAGAUAAUAAUAAUAAUAACGAUAAGGAAUAG